AUAUAUAUAUAUAUAUAUAUAUACACACCCAGAGCAGGAGCAAGUCCAAGUGUAUGAACAGAGUCAAGAAGACAGAAGACAUUACAGAUAGCGAAGAACACAGAACAAUGCAAGAUUUUUCAUAUUCUACGGAGUCCUUUAGCCCCAGCUUCAGUUUUUACGUCUCCGGUGACGGUGAGAUCGUCGAAACCGCCGUUAGAGUUGUCCGUGAGUCCCAAAGCUACGGCGACGACACAGCUGAGUUCGAGUUCGAAACGUUGCCGUUACGCGAAGAAAACUUCUUCCAUUUCCCAACGACGACGAAAUCGUUAGCAGCCGUUGCUGAUCGAGACAGCUCGAAGAAUAUUUUAUACAGUGGUGGAUGGAUGCUUGAUCAGUCUCUAUCGUCUCCGUCUCAGUCGCAUUCAUCCUCUGAGUCUUCAGACUCGGAGGAUCUUUCCCCGAGAAGAUACAACUGUUUCUGGAGCCCGAUCCGAUCUCCGGCGAGAGUUGAUAGCCCCAAGAGUAAAACUUCGAGCGCACCGAAACGGUGCCGUAUCAAGGAUCUUUUAAGGAGAAGCCACAGCGACGGUGCUGUUUCGACCACGAGCGAGCCUAAACGAUGUCGUUUUAAGGAUUUUUUGAGAAGAAGUCACAGCGACGGUGGAGGAAGUGGGUCUUCGGUUUCGCCGAGAGGCAAGAGCUCGCCAGCAGUGAGAGGGAAAAAUAAAACGACGUCGCUUAAGUAUACUACUAAUACUGGGGAAGUGAAUAUGAGAAGAAAGACUUAUUUACCUUACAGGCAAGAUUUAAUCGGCGUUUUCGCCGGAAUGAGCAGACUCAGUCGAUAAAAUAAUUCUAAUUAGUAAAUUUACAAAUAGCUCCUUGCGUCAAUAUUUGUUUUCGUUUUGUGGCCAUGUAAAAACCUUUUUUGUGCUAUUAUUAACUUUUGAAUACAAAUGUCUUUUUCCU